AUGCAGAUGAUCGAAUGCAGGUCCAGCCUUGCCGUCACCGCAGCGCCCCACAGGGAGACUUACCAAUUGUCUUACGAGCUAGCGGUUUCUUCAUCCGACCCCGCGAGCGUCGUUGCUGGCCGCGAGUUUCUCCCGUGCGCCGCUAUGGAUGUGCUGUGGAUGGUGCCGCUGCUGCUGAUCCCGUUCCUGAUGUGGACCAGCAGCACGUUCGUUUUUUAUUUCAAAAAGUGCUUCUACGUCGCCUGGAUGAUGCUCCUGGCCCUGCUGGGGAUCCCCAUGUGUAUCCUGAAAAGCGGAGGCAGAGACGUUGAAAACAUGAGGGUCAUCCGCUCCAUGGUCCGCCACGUGAAGUAUCUGCUGGGUCUUCGGUUCGAAGUGAGUGGUUGGGAACAUCUGCAGUCAGAGGGUCCUUACGUCAUCAUCUCCAACCACCAGAGCUCCCUGGAUGUUUUGGGCCUGAUGGAGAUCUUACCCGACCGCUGCACCAUGAUCGCCAAGAAAGAGCUGGUUUACGCCGGCACGGUGGGCCUCAUCUGCUGGCUCGGCGGCAUCGUCUUCAUCAACCGCAAGAAGACCAGCGACGCCAAGAGCGUGAUGGCCGACGCCGCCCAGACCAUGCUGGACGACCAGAUCCGGCUGUGGGUGUUCCCAGAGGGGACGCGGAACCAGAAGGGCGACCUGCUUCCCUUCAAAAAGGGGGCUUUCCACCUGGCCGUGCAGGCACAAGUUCCCAUCAUACCCGUCGUUUUCUCCAGCUACAGCAGCUUUUACCUACGGAAAGAAAAGCAGUUCAAAUCAGGGACCAUCCGAUUGAGAAUCCUACCAAAGAUUGAGACGAAGGGGAUGACGUCGGACGACGUGUCCUCCCUGUCCGACAAGUCCUACGACGUGAUGCGCUCGGCUUUCCUGGACAUCUCUGGCACUGUAACCCGGAGCAACGGGCCCUUAAGGCACUGA